GGGUUUUAUUUUUCAAGUGAUUUUUGAGCUGGGUUUUAUAAGUUGAGCUACUAAGAAGUGGCGGAGCCAUGUCAUCAACGGUUGGUUAUGGGGAGUUUUCUGAGCUUUGAAGCAAGAGUAGUUUGUUAGGUGAAGUUUGUUGAUUGGAAUAAGAGUUGUGGGGUUUGGGAUUUUCAACUUAAUUGCCGUCAAAUUGUUCGAAUUAUUGUUUUGGAUGAAUCAUGUGAAGUUUUCGUUUGAGGAAUUUUCUUUCUUUAAUGAGAUUGUGUAUGCUGGUAUAUGUGAAUUUAUAGGUAUUCUUAGUGUUCCAUCAAUUUGUUCUGGUGACUGAAUUGAUGGCAACCCCAUCACCACCCCCACAAUCUUCUUCUCCUCCUCCGGCGGUGUCGCCACCACCUUCUGCCACCAGUCCACCACCACUUAUUCCACCGACUAGUUCUAAUCCAACACCCUCUCAACCUCAAUCUCCACCUCCAGAUGUUUCCAGCGCUCCACCUCCACUCCCCUCAUCAUCUCCUCCGCCUUCGGUGGCCCCCGUAUCAUCCCCUCCUCCUCCAGCUGUUCCAUCCACUUCCCCUCCUCCCAGUUCCACCUCUCCACCGCCGCCAGCUCCACCACCACCACAAUCAAUCCCACCACUCAGUCCUCCACCGUCUGCACCCAGGCCAUCACCACCACCACCACGAAAUUCAUCGCCACCUCCACCACCACAAAAUUCCUCGCCACCUCCAUUUUCACCUCCACCACCACAAAAUUCCUCACCACCUCCAUCUUCGCCUCCACCAGCACCAACUACCCAACCACCUGUUACUUCACCACCACCGCCGCCGCGGCCCCCUCCAUCAUCACCACCUAUUAAUUCACCGCCGCCAUCACAACCUCCCCUUUCAACUCCGCCAUCACCACCAGCAGUACCACCAAAUUCGCCACCACCAUCUCCACCAGCAGUACCACCAAAUUCGCCACCACCAUCUCCACCAGCAGUACCACCAAAUUCGCCACCACCACCACGAACUCCACCAAAUUCCCCUCCCCCUCCCCCUCCAUCUCCAAUAUCUCCUUCUCCAACACCUCCUCCCUCUAGGCUUACACCACCCAGUUCUCAACCAUCACCUUAUCCCUCGAAUUCUACUUCAGGCUUAUCUCCACCAGCACCUAUAUCAAGACCAUCACCUCCUCCAUCUCGAGUUUUGACGCCGCCUCCAACUGUAAAUGCUUCCGGUCCAAGUGCACCAGAAAGUUCAGGCUCCCCUAGUGGUGGCAUUGGCGUAGGAGGUACAGUUGCUAUAGGAGUAGCUGUAGGUAUCAUAAUGCUUGGCCUUAUAGGGCUGACUGUAUGGUGGUGCUUGAGGAAACAGAGGAAAAAUAGCCAUACUCGACUUACUGGUGAUUAUGUAAUGCCAUCCCCACUAGGCUCUUCCCCAAGAUCAGAUUCAUCCUAUACAAAGACUCAGUCUUCAGCUCCUCUUAUUGGAACUAGUUCCGGAAGUGAUUAUGUGCAUUCACCACCGAUGAUAGCAGAACCUGGCGGUUUAGGCAAUUCGAAGUCAUUGUUUACAUAUGAAGAAUUAACUGAAGCUACAAAUGGUUUUUCAGACCAUAAUCUUUUGGGUGAAGGUGGAUUUGGGGCUGUUUAUAAAGGGUGCUUACCAGAUGGAAGAGAGGUGGCUGUAAAGCAGCUAAAGAUCGGUGGGGGACAGGGUGAACGAGAAUUUAAAGCGGAGGUUGCAAUUAUUAGUCGUAUACACCAUCGCCAUUUGGUUUCACUUGUCGGUUACUGCAUCUCUGAGAAUCGGAGACUUCUCAUAUAUGAUUAUGUCCCUAAUAAUACCCUUUAUUUCCAUCUUCAUAAAGGUAUGCCUGUUCUGGAUUGGGCAAAGCGUGUUAAAAUUGCAGCUGGUGCAGCUCGUGGGAUAGCUUAUCUCCAUGAAGACUGUAAUCCUCGUAUUAUUCAUAGGGAUAUCAAGUCGUCAAACAUCCUUUUGGACGACAACUUCGAAGCUCGGGUUUCGGACUUUGGACUUGCCAAGUUAGCUCUGGAUGCAAAUACACAUGUAACAACACGUGUUAUGGGAACUUUUGGAUACAUGGCCCCUGAAUAUGCAUCAAGUGGUAAAUUGACUGAAAAGUCUGACGUAUUUUCUUUCGGAGUUGUGCUUUUGGAGCUAAUUACUGGACGGAAGCCUGUUGAUGCAUCUCAACCUCUUGGCGAUGAAAGUCUAGUUGAAUGGGCCCGACCUUUACUGAGUCAUGCACUGGAUAGCGAGGAGUUCGACGGUUUAGCGGAUCCAAAGCUUGGUGGAAACUACGUUGAAAGUGAAAUGUUUCGGAUGAUUGAGGCUGCCACAGCUUGCGUGCGGCAUUCAGGUGCAAAACGACCACGGAUGGGACAGGUUGUGAGAGCAUUUGAAAGUUUGGCCACCUCGGAUCUGACCAACGGAAUGAAAGUGGGUGAAAGCGAGGUAUUUAACUCCGCACAGCAAUCCGAAGAAAUCAGAUGGUUUCGGAGGAUGGCUUUCGGCAGUCAAAUUACAGUACAGACUACUUUAGUGAAAAUGGCAACAGCAGGGGUAGCUGAAGAAGAACAUGAUAAAAGCACGUAUAGACCAGAGCGGGGCCUGAGCAAGGCGGAGCUGCAUGGAUGCGAAUUCAAAUCAGUAUAGCUGCCGGAGGUUUGGAUUUUAGGUGGAAAGAUGCUAAAUUGGCCUUGGACAACACCUUGACGUGGAGACAGUUUUAGACCCUCCAAAUAUUGUAAGAUGUAACUGGGUUGCGUAGUUUCCAUAAAAAUAUCAUUUUAUGUAUUAUUAUUAUAAUUGUCCCCAUU